UCGCACUACGAAGUUUACUGACGCGGUGAAAAAUCCUGAUUCUGCUCCCAUUUUCUAUCCUGCUGAUUAGGAAGAUUGGUCGUGAUUUCAAUUAAUUUCGGGCGCAAUGAUUUGAUCCGUUUUUACCAUGAAAGUUUUAUCCUGUUUUAUCUGUUUCACUGUUUCAGAGAUCCAUAUGUUAUACUGCCCGCAUAAUCGGUGAUUUUAAUCUUUCACAGAGAUUAUUGCUUGUGAAUUUUUUAAAUUUUAAAUAAUUAGCUUUAAUUUAGCCAGUGGAUGUGGUUGAGUUAUACGUACUUGCACCUUUAUCGUAAGAUCUGAUCAAUUAAUACAAAAACAACCUGCGGGCUGUAUAACUCGUUAAAUGAGCCGCGUGAAGAAAACAGCCUGAACCACAACAAAGUCACGUGGAUGCGUGGAGAUCCGACCGCAGAACGCGCGUGUGUUGUGUAUGAGCAGAGACUUUAAUCGACCAUUCCGCGUCACAUUCAUCAGUCGCACAACACUCGUUGCAGGAAACGAUUUCUGGACUACUGUUUCCUUGUUUUUGACCCGCGUAUGGCAGUAUUGUAGCAUGUUGAGAAUAUUUAAUUUGUGUGGAUGACAGUCAUGACACGAAUCUUUAUGGAACGCGCGAGCGGAAUUUUUCAUUUUGUGGAGCAGAGUUUUGGCGUGUCUCGUUGAUUUGUAUUUGAUUCAAUCGGUGGAGAUUUGAAAAGUUUUAUUUAAUUUUGAUGUGGAGCGUCGAUCAACGUUUAAAACGAAAACGGCAUAAAAUCGUGGCUGUCAAAAUCUACGGUGUGUAAGUGAAGAGGAGUGUUGAGGAUGGCGGAGAAGGUGCAGAAUCUGGCGCAGGCCAUCUACGCGGAGUUCGAGAAGCUGAUGGGCAAGUACGACGAGAAGGUGGCGGACGGGCUGAUGCCGCUGAUCGUCAACGCGCUGGAACUGCUGGACGCCAGCUGCGUGGAGAACGAGGAGCGGCGCGCCGAGGUGGAGGUGCUGCGCGAGGACAACGAGCAGCUCAUCACGCAGUACGACCGCGAGAAGGCCCAGCGCAAACACUUCCAACAGAAAGUGGUGGAGGUGGAAGACUCGUUGGACGAGGAGAAGCGGCAGCUGCAGGGGAAGAGCGACAGUCUGGAGGCCAUUGUCCGCAUUAUGGAAGUCAAGUCGAAGAGCGCCGCCGAUCAGGGUGCAUAAUUAAUUCCG